AUGUAACCAAGAAUGAGUUUAACUCAGGAAAGUUCUGAGUUAAACUUAAUGCAUUAUAGCAUCCAAUUCAAGACAGAAAGUAAGAAUAACACUAUUGUUGUACUAUCAGGAUUAGUCUGUAUAAGAACUAGUAUACAUUAUUGA